UUUUAAAGAAAAAGGAAGAAAAAAACAAUUGAGUUACUAGCUAUGAAUAAAGAAAUGUUCAGAUUAUUAUUACUUGUCAAAAUUUGUUUAAAAAAUAGUAAAUAAAACUUUUGAAAUGUCAAUAAAUCGUCCAAAUGGAUGCAGUUUUUUUUUCAUUAAAAAAAUAGUAAAAAUUCAACAUUUUUAAAAAUGAAAUUUUCAACAUUUUCAUGUUAUAAAAACGAUGGAACUAAGUACUUUGAUUUUAACUAUUGUGAUUGUUCUUCCAUUUUUCAUUCAAUUUCAUUAUUUACUCGAAGAUCCUUGGAUAUUGUGCAGAGCUUUUCAUUAUUAUUCAAGUAAAAGUAGACAUAGAAUACAAAAAGCACCAAGAUUAAUUGUACAUUAUCCAAAACGUCAAUUUCCCAGCAAUUCUUUGAAUUCAAUAAAUAUUUCUGAAACAAGUUUUAAAAAUAUUGAGUCUAAAAUUGAAAAUGAAAAAAUUAUAAAUAAUAAUUUACAAGAUGAAAUUAGUCUUGAUUAUUCAUCAUCAUCGAUAGAAACUGUUAAUAAUGAAAUUUCAUCAUUAUUAUUAGCAAAAAAUAUUAAUAAUAAUGAAAAUUUUGGAAAAUGUCUUGAGAGAAAAAUUUAUGGUCAAAGUCAAUCAUAUACACCAAUGAUGUUAAAUAAUUUUCAACAAUAUAAUUCCACGAAUAACAAUAAUCCAAAGGAUAUUAAUGUGAAAAGUGGAUGUACAGAUUUAAUUCAUGAUAAACAUCAGAGUUUGGAUACAAAUAAUAUUAAUAAAAAUAAUAAUAAUAAUAAUAACAAUGCAAAUGUCGAAUUUCUCUACUCAAGAGAUCUUUUUCUUUUUGAAUAUAGAAAAAGGCCGAAUGUUAAGUCCGAAGGAACACAAUCUGAUAAUAGAAAAACAGGAAGCUCGCGAAUUUUUCGUUUUUAAUAUUGUAAUCUGUGUUUUUGAAAAUGAAAAUGGUCACAUAAAUCUUAA